CUCCCCCUCCCCCCUCCUCCCCUAGACCCUGGUCGCGUUCCGGGAUGUGACUGAUGUCGAUUUCGUGUUAAUUCGGUUACUGGAUGUUUUGUACCCUUAAACUCCCGUUAAGGAGACGUAUUUUGCAGUCACUGCUUUAUAUAUAUGUGCGAUGGAGUGAUAUUGGUCUGUGUUGUGGUUGACUGUGCUUCGUGUUCUUGUGUUCUUGCCCCAAUCGAACUCGUGCUCUUGUGUUAUUUUGUUGGUUCCGUGAUUCUGUCUAAUCCCCGUGCUCAACUCCGAAUCUUCCCCCAAUAGAGUGCCUCGACAUGGAGGAGCAGAGCAGGUGCAGGGUGAGCCUCGUACCUGGGGAAACAGCUGAUUCAGUUUCGCCUGCGCGGUGUGCCGCAGAUUUCUCCACGGCGUCGUCACGGCGUGUUCUGGGGCUGACAUUGCAGAUGGUUCACAGAUUUCUGAGCCUGCACUACUCAACCGACCCCAAGGGUCUUCGUCGGAAGUUCAGCAGGCUAGGGCAUGGGUGAUCCCGUUUGUCUCUGCUGCUUGGACGAGCAGAUGGCCUACCAAGCUCUGUCGGAACUGAAACCCGGAGUGAAGAACUGGAAUGUCUGCGUUCAUGUCUCCCACCUCUGGGAAUACCGCGGUGGCACCGACACUGGUCCGGUGCAACAUGUAGAUAUGGUUCUGGUCAAUAACAAGGGAAAUGCUAUGUACGCUGAGAUAGGAAAGGAUGACUUGGAGCAUAAAGCUCCGCUAUUGGCUGACGGCAACACAUACACUCUGACCAGAUUCAUGGUGUCGCUUGCCACACUAUUGUGGAAGCAGUGGCUGACAUCCAAGAUGGCUUUCUGGAGUUCGUGUACGACCCUAUUCCGUUUCUGGACCUCGCAGCCUAUGUGGGAGAGAACAAGCGCUUUAUAUUGUUGGGUCAUAGUGCAUCAGUUACUUAAGUUCAUUGCAAAAUUUUCAGAACAUCCAAAUGGCAAGGUAUUGCUAUGGAAAAUGGGAAUUGCACGGGUUCUUAAUAAGUUGCUAAAGAACUGCAGCAACGCAUCUUACUUGGAAGAUAAAGCGAUCUCUGAAAGAGGAGCCUACAGAAGUGACCAACUUAUGCUCAAAUGGAGGAUUCCCUUAUUCAGAUGUCUCGCAUCUAUCUUCAGUGCCCAGCCAUCUGGCAAAGAGCAGACUGCUAUUGAAGAGCUCUCCCUAUAUUCCUUGACAGGAUUUUCAAUCCUGUUCUUGCAAUUAUAUUGUCAGUGACAUUUGUUCUUGCCUUUGGGGAGGUUAUACCUCAAGCAAUAUGUACCAGGUAUGGGCUGGCAGUGGGUGCUAGCUUUGUUUGGCUCGUACGCAUCGUCAUGUUCAUUGCCUAUCCUAUUGCUUACCCUAUUGGGAAGGUAAAUCAGCAAAGUCACAUUACUCAAUAGAAAAGUGUUAAUUUGUACUGUAUCAUAAUCGUUUGAAGCUUAUCCAGUGGCCUAGAUUUUGAAUUCCAAUGAAUUAGACUAUUAUUAUGAGGCCUGGGCUCACUGCUCUUUGGUGCCAUUGUUGAUGGACAAGGUCAUGAAGUGAUAUUUUGGUUACACUUCUCUAAUUAGGAGAUUUUGGUAA